CAUUACAAAAAAUUUGCACCAUCUUCCAUUUAAACCCUGUUCCAGCUAGCUAGGCUCUGCGGCUAUCAAACUCUCUCUCUCUCUCUCUCUCUCUCUCUCUCUUUGUGUUCUGUCUGUUCUCUUCCGCCCUUAAGAGACUCUCUGUUUUUGGUCUUUUGCUCAAAAAAAAAAAAAAAAAUGGGUGCUCUUGAUUUUCUCUCAGAUUAUAUCUCAGAAUAUAUCACUAUUUCCAGGCGAAGGAAGAAGCGCAAGGCAAUGCAGACGGUUGAAAUCAAGGUGAAAAUGGACUGUGAUGGCUGUGAAAGAAGAGUUAAAAAUGCUGUCACCUCCAUGAAAGGUGCUAAAUCAGUGGAUGUGGAUAGAAAGCAAAGCAGGGUAAAAGUAACAGGUUAUGUGGAGCCAAACAAGGUGUUACAGAGAGUUAGGAGAACAGGAAAGAGGGCUGAGUUAUGGCCCUAUGUUCCAUACAAUUUGGUUGCUUAUCCUUAUGUAGCCCAGGCCUAUGAUAAAAAAGCACCUUCUGGGUUCGUCAGGAACGUGGUCCAAGCUCAAACUAGCCCCAAUGCACCAGAUGAAAAAUACACAACACUAUUUAGUGAUGAAAAUCCUAAUGCAUGUUCCAUUAUGUAAAACCAUCCGUAGUUAUAUAAAAGUUUUUGAAAUUGCAGAAUAUAGUAGCUUUGGAUGUUUAGGACUUUUUUGGUGGUGGUGAUAAACAUAGUAGUGGAUUUUGUGGAUAUAAAGGUUUAAGUCCAGCUUUUAGACUGGCAUACACAGAGUUUGUAACUUUUUGAGUUUGUGUUUAGUGAAUUUUUGUUUUCUAACUUUGCUUAA